AUGUCUGCAUCUAACAGUAUCCAAGGACUGGGCCUUGCGCCGAGGUCGGGAACUACUCUGACUGUUCUCGGGUGUGGAAAUCUCGGGGUUGCUAUUUUAUCAGGCGUGCUCGCAUCGCUGGCCGAGGCGAAAAAGACUGAUUCGCGCUUCUUCCCAGGGUGUGGCACGGCGACCCCUCCUGAAGAGGUUUCCCCCCACCAAAUCCCCUCACGAUUCUUUGCUUGCGUGAGACGCCCGGAGUCUGCGCUUCGCAUCCAAAAAACACUCAAGCAGUUCACUCAACCUCUCACAAUCCUCCAAAAUGACAACAUUCGCGGAGUGCAAGAGGCCGACGUCAUCAUCCUCGGCUGCAAACCGUUUAUGCUCAAGGAGGUCUUGGACGUUCCAGGCAUGCGGGAAGCUCUCAAGGGGAAGCUGCUUAUUAGCAUCCUAGCCGGAGUCACUGCUGAGCAGAUCGAAGAUACUCUCUACGGUGGCACCGACACUCCAGACGGCGACAGGUGCCGUGUUGUACGUGCAAUGCCUAACACCGCCGCGAUCGUCAGGGAAUCAAUGACGGUUAUCGGCGAGAGCACUCCUCCCCUUCCCCCGAACUGGGAGACGUUGGUGAACUGGAUCUUUUCGCGUAUCGGGCGCGUGGUGACUCUUCCUGCCUCCAAAAUGGAUGCUAGCACAUCCAUCGCUGGUUCUGGACCGGCCUUUGCGGCCCUGGUUCUUGAGGCUCUCGCCGAUGGUGGCGUGGCUAUGGGCUUACCCCGGGCAGAAGCCCAGGUGAUGGCUACUCAAGUUUUACGCGGAACAGCCAGUAUGGUCCAAAAUGGAGAUCACCCUGCUCUCAUUCGCGAGAAGGUUAGCACUCCUGGUGGAUGUACGAUUGGUGGGCUGAUGGUGCUUGAGGAAGCGGGCGUCAGGGGUAAAAUUUCCAAGGCCGUCCGAGAAGCUACAGCCAUUGCGAGUGGGUUGGGACAGACGCAGAAGGCCAACGGGACGAAAUAA